UUAGGAAGAAUUUUUUUACUGUGAGGGUGGUGAGGCACUGGCACAGGUUGCCCAGAGAAUUCUUGAAUGCCCCAUCCCUGAAGGUGUUCAAGGCCAGGGUGGAUGGGGCUUUGAGCAACCUGAUGCAGUGGGAGGUGUCCCUACCCAUGACAGGGGUGUUGGAGCUGGAUGACCUUUAAGGUCUCUUCCAACCCAAACCAUUCUAUGAUUCUGUCUAAAAUGAUCAUGCAUUCUUUCUGCUUUUCCAAUUAGUAAGACAUUUUUAUUGACAUGUUUUGAAGAUGAAGCAAUACAUAAAUAGCACAGAGGUGUUUUCUUUUUUCCCCAGUAAAAGCAGAAACUCAGAAGGAUGCUAACUGAAAUGGCCUCAAAAUACACUACAAUACUCUCUAGGGUAUUUUUAAUUAAAUUAUAUAAUCAAGUCCUUGAUUCUGUAUCAUCAGUUUUGUGCAUUAAAUCUGUACCAGACUGUUACCAUUGCAUUCAUUCAUAAAUGAAUUGUGAAGGAAAGUUAAAUGUAAGUGGAAUUAAAAACAAUAUAAAAAAUCUAUUUAUUUAUUGAAAGUUAAAUUGCAUACCUAGACUCUCACUGUUAAGCAGUUCCUGUAAAGCAGAUAAGAGGUUUCAUCAAAGCACAGUUUAGUGAGUAAAAGUGUCCCAGUAUUAGCAAGUAACUGACAAUAUGACUUAGAAUGGCAGGUGAACAACAAGCUAUAGAAGUUGGUAGUUCUUUAACCUGAUGAAGAUUGUGGGCAAAAUAAUCAUUGCAGGUUGUACAGCUAGCCAUAAACACGUGCCAUCAUAUUCCCCAAAGUUAAGAAAAUAAAAUAAGCGCUGUCAGGGAGUUCUGAACCAAUUCAAGGGUAGGAAAUUCAGAGUUAAGAGAGCAUUAAAGUUGGACACUGUUAAAAAAGAUAAUCCAUCUGAUAUGACACCUAGGAAGUCCAGAAAGAAAAAUCUAAACUGUUAUUCACCAACAACAGGAACAUGCCAAAUGAGUCCAUUUUCAUCUCCCACAAGUAAUAAUCCACAAGAUCUCCGAAUUCACCCAUCACAUGGAGAUGGAACUAAGCAGAACAAUUCAGGAAGCGGAUUAUCCAGAAGAGGGCAGCCUCGAACAGAGGAGGAUGCGUUGAUGGAAUUGCAGUCCAAAGUGAAAUGUUCAUUGGUUAGAAUUCUGAAAAUAAGAGAAAACCUGAGAAGCCUAAAGGCUUUGGAGGGCAGCAGAGAGCUUGGAAAUGUUAUUGGUAUCUCGGACUCGGCUGCCGUCUUGAGUGCUGAGCUGCAGAAAACCCAAGUGCUGAUGAGCCAAGCAGAACAACUGCAGCUGUUGAAAAGAAACCAGGGAAAUCUUCCUGCCCGAGAGCAUGUGCAGACUGCCAGUAGCUCCGUGUUCCUGAAGUCACUCCUUGACUGAGGCAUUAUGUGAGAAAUGCAUUCCACAUCAACCCGAAGUUCUACAUCUGUUUGACUGUACUUAAAAGGAGAGAAGAAAUGAGUGUAAACCUAUCUCCCUGGCAAAUACCAGUUCGGGAUUGCUCGUUGCACUCGGCAGGUGCACAUCUAAAUAAAAUGUCUGGCAUGUAUUUAAACUGAACAACGUGCACAACCAGAUAAUCUCAGUGUAAAUAAUACAUCAUGGCCAGUUUAUGCAAGCGUGUGUACAAAAUACUGAUGUAGGUUUGCUGCUGCGUGGAAAGUAAACUGCAUUCUCUGCGUGACUGUAUUUUCUGCAUGCUCUUGCUACAAAUACAUAAUAAUUAUAGUGCCUUAUUCUUAAAAAAAAAAAGAAGAAAAAAAAAAGAAAGAAAACCAAAGCAGCCUAACCCUGCCUGCAAGAACUGGGUGAGAAGAAACUCAGUUAAAAGAUGAACUUUGGAUCUUAGGCCUCCAGUGGAAAAAGGUUGCUUUCGGGGGGGGGGAUGUGGGGGGGUGCAUGCUCAUUUAAUGAAUCCAACAUCCCCCCCAAAAGCCAGUAUAACAUGAGUUGAAUGAAUGCAUCGCUUUGCGAUGCAAAUUUAUGUUUGCCUACAAAUUUAUGACUUCUUCUCAUGAUGAUUGGACUCAAAAGCCAGGGGAAGCUCUCCUGCAAGGAGUUAUUCCAAGUGCUGAACAUGUCUGAGUUGUUUACAAACACCACCCUCCUGGUCUGCGGCUGCCAGAGCCAGAGCAUUGCUGCCAUCGAGGAAGCAGUUUCCUCUGAAGUCAGCCCAAGCCACGUUAUUACAAAGGUAUAAGGUUCAAGCCUGGAGUGUUAAAACAUGCGGCUCUUAAAAUAUUUGCCUUUUAGGUCACCACUUCAGUUUAGUGUUGGUGUUUAAUGAUAUCUCAAACAGUCUCUGUUCUUUUUCGCUAUCCUCAAUCGCACUGCUCCCACCGAGCACACCCGGACCCUCAGAGUGGUGAGUGCAGUGCAGCCCCUCAGGCUGACAGAGCAGCAGUGGGAGUUUUUUCUUUUCCAGAAAGUUCAACCUAAACGCACACGGUGGAGCAUCCCUGCUGCCUCUGCAAAGUACUGUUACUCAAACAGCUACAUGAAUUUUUACAAUGAACACUGAGAACUGAAAUGAUAAAUGCUUUCCAAUGUGGGGUUAAACAUGUGCGCACUACAGCUUUGGGAGUUUUUAAUUAAUAAAAAUGGGUUUUUACUUUAAUACUUGUGCGGUCUGAUUGGAAAGAGGGUCAGCAAUGGUUUGAAGGGACUUGUGAGCUACUCUUCAAUUUCCACACCAUUCUCACACCUUCUGUGCCGUUGGUUGUUGUAUGUGUAAGAUUCACCAGCUUCGUACGAUAAUGGAGGGUGAGCCUGAGCCAGCAAUAGUUUCCAUAACCUGCCCGUAACCUCUGUUGAUGGAAAUUAAAUAAUUAUUGAUCUGAAGAAAGCCUGUAAACAAACUGCACGCCAGUCUAAAUCGAGCUGUUCAGUGUAGUCUUAGAAGACCAGAAUAAAACUUUUACAGAAAAGAACAGUAAAGGUGAUGAUGGACAACAAUAAGUUACACCUGUAACUUACACAAUGGCAGUUACUAAAUACCAUGAAAUUUGGUAUUUGACCUUUUUAGGGAAAUACAAAAUUAUAGACUAAGCUCCCGCAGCAAACACUCCUCAUAGAUGCCUUGGCUACUUAAGCCUUUAGUGUUUCUUUGACCUCCUGGCAUACGAGGCUUUUGCCUUUCAGAAACAGCUGGGGCUGUUAAGAACCAUUUCCAGUUCCACAUGAGGUGGAUCGUGUGACUCGCAGUUUAUCGCCGCUGGAGGCCACCUCAAGGACAAAGAAAAGAGAUACACGCAAAACUAAUGUUUUCAUACAGGCAGGAAGGACAGCACCAGAAUCUCAGGAUGAACACUGGGGAACAGGCUAACUAGAAGCUGAAAUUGUUCUGCUUGCUUUAUCUUGAUUGACGUUUCACACAUUAUUUCAUUGGCAGUCUCACUCAGCCCUGCUGGAAGGGAACGCUGCAUUUUUUAGCUUUCGCAGCCUCUGGGAACAAAGAUUCCUAUGUAGUGCCUUGCCAUACAUCAGUGCCCCCCGGCCCACACUUCCAAAAAGAAAGGCCAUGCUGUGGGCAGAGCUCUCGCAUGCCGUGGUUAGUGUCACACCCUCAGAAAAAUUCUAAAUCCGUGUGAAAAUAUUUCAGUUUUGUUCUUUGUAGAGAGCCUUUACAGUGCAGGCAAAGCGCUGAACUAUAGUCACCAUGAUCGCGUUACUGUUACUAUUCAAGCACAGGUUUUGUAUUUUGUGUGAGCUGCCACUGCUGUAAACUUGGCCAUGGUUACUUUUUCCACAACACAUAAAGCUGGAGAAACUGAAUAAAUAUACUCUGUGUGCAGACACAUAACGUGCAGUAUUCCUAACUCGCCCAGUUGGAAGUUCCCGGAACAGCUGAUUCACACACUCGCAGCCGAUGCUGCUGAGACCGCCCAGAACACACUGCUGGCAGUGACGGUUUGGUAUGCGGCACAGCGCAGUGAGGUCAGGGGAGAAGCCUUUACAACAGGGAUGGGGUUGCUGCUUUAUAUCUAUAUAUACACAUAUGUAGCAUCAGAGCAGAAUUAAUGGAAGGGAUAGACUGACUCCUAAUUAAACCAUACUGCCAUGACUUGCUUUAUGAUUUAUUUUCUGACUACAUGCUUUGUUAUGUAUGUAAUUAUUCAAUUGAUUUGUACUCUCUGAACUAUGGGUACUAGAGGCCAUACUGCACAGGGGGAGAAACUGCAGUUCAGUUCAGUUCACAUCUGCAGAUUAUGAUACAGUAUGGGGUACUUCCAUUGGGGGGUUCAGCCCUCCUUUUUUUUCUCCUGAAGAGCCAAAGAUCUGCUCUCAGACUGCACUGCAGUACCUUGGCUACCAUCUCGGUAGAAGCAAGGCUUUUUGGCUUUGCAGUGCUGUUAGAAACAGUUGUUGAGAGUCAUAAUACUGCAAUGGUGUUAAAACCAAAUCACAGCUGCCCAUCGACCUGCACCUGGGUCGGGGCAAUCCCUGUUUUCAGUACAGGAUGGGGGAUGACAUGAUUGAGAGCAGCCCUGCAGAGAAGGACUUGGGGAUGCUGGUCAAUGAGAGGCUCAACAUGAGCCGUCAAUGUGUGCUCGCAGUCCGGGCGGCCAACCCUAUCAAAAGAAGUGUGUCCAGCAGGUCAAGAGAAGUGAUUUUGCCCCUCUAUUCCCCUCUUGUGAGACCUCAUCUGGAAUAAUGUGUCCAGUUCUGGAAUCCUCAACAUAAGAAGGAUACGGAGCUGUUGGAACGGGUACAGAGGAGGGCACAAAUAUGAUCGGAGGGCUGAAGCACCUUCCCUACGAGGACAGGCUGAGAGAGUUGGGCUCGUUCAGCCUGGAGAAGGGGAGGUUCAGA